CAGUUGCUUCUUAGCAGCGCCGUUGAGUGCUACGUGUUGUGGGUGUCGCGGAUUUCAUUAGUUCAGUCUUGGCGGCCCUCACAAUGGCCGAAAAAUCGCUGUUGAUCACCGCCUUCUGUGUUCUCUGCGUCGCUUGUCUCCGUCCGUCGUUGGCGGCCGUAAUCGGACGGGCGGAGGAAGCGGGGGGCAACAAAACAGCGUGGAAUCUGACGGAGGCCCUAUACGGUUCCUCCGGGCUCCGGGGCUUCAACGGCACCUGGAUAACAGAUGAGGAGUUCUAUUAUACCGCCUCAGACAGAUCCAUCCACAAAUUCAACGCGGCCACUAAAACGGACGUCAUUUUCCAAAACUCCUCGUUUCUGAACAACUAUGUGGGGGCAACUUUCUCGCUCUCACCAGAUAACACGAAGAUCCUGAUCCGGCACAACCUCACGGAGAAGUUUCGACACUCGUACAUAGCCCAGUAUGACGUGUUCGAUAUCGAGAGCAACACCACCGUCCAAAUCCACAAGGGUGAAAAGCUGCAGUACUGCGGAUGGUCGCCGCAGCGGGAUCGCUUGGCUUACGUCUACCUCAACAAUGUGUUCAUCCACUUCAGCGAGAAAAUGGAGGUCAGCAUCACGGACGACGGGGUGGAUGGAGUGGUGUACAAUGGAGUGCCCGACUGGGUCUACGAGGAGGAGGUCCUGAGCAGCGGUAGCGCCCUGUGGUGGUCGGCGGACGCCACCAAGCUGGCGGUGGGCUUCUUCGACGACACCGAGGUGGAGACCUUCAACUACUUCCUGUACGGCGACGGGACCAGCACCUUCUAUCAGUACCCGCACGAGGAGCACCUCAAGUACCCCAAGUCGGGCUCCAAAAACCCAGUGGUGAGCUUACGCGUCUACGACGUGACCGACAACGAUCCCACCAUGUACCCCAUCGUGGCGCCCGUGGAUGUUGUCGGAAGCGAUCACAUCCUACAGAACGUUGUGUGGUCCAACCAGACGCACCUGCUCAUCACCUGGAUGAAUCGGCGGCAGAACCGCGCCUCAAUUCAGAGCUGCAGCUCCCAAGGCGUCUGCACAGAGGUGAAGCGACUGGAGGAGCCGCUCGGCUGGGUGGAUAUCAGCACACCCAAGUGCCUUAGCACCGGCAAGAGCUGCAUCUUCAGAUACUUCAUAGACAACUGGCACCAAGUGUGGAACCUGGACCUGCAGACCGGACUCAACAGCUGGCAGUUGCGCGGUAACUUCACCGUUUUGACCGUCUAUGGAUACGAUGAAGCGAGGGAUAAACUCUACUACCAAGCCACUCUGCCCGGAGAUCCCUCUGUGUACCAUGUGUACGGCAACGACGAGUGCCUUAGCUGCUCCCAAGUCGAUGCGGAGGGCGUGGCCUGUCGCUCUGCUUCUGCCACCUUCAGCAAGUCAUUUUCCUACUACACACUUUCCUGCAACGGACCGAAUCCGAGCUACACGCAGAUCUUCGAGGCCACCACGAACAGACUUCAGGUCGACUGGGAGCCAAACACGGCGUACCGCAAACAGUUGGAGCAGAAGUUGCGUCCCAGCUACCACUUCUUGAAUGUCACCCUGGCCGAUGGAACCAUCGGCAUCGCCAAGCUGGCCCUUCCGCCCAACUUCGAUGCGGCCAAGAAGUACCCACUGAUCGUGGUUGUGUACCAGGGACCCAACUCGGUCCGAGUAACCAACGGAUUUACGUUGGGUUAUGAGGCGUUUGUCACGACCUCCAGGGAUACGAUUUACGCGUAUAUUGACGGACGCGGUACAGGCAACAAGGGCAAGGACCUGCUCUUCGCGGUCAACAAUGAUCUGGGCGAUCACGAGGUCGAGGAUCAACUGUUCGUCACUCGCUGGAUGCAACAGAAUCUGGCCUACGUGGAUGCCGAACGGUGUGGCAUUUGGGGAUGGAGCUACGGUGGCUACAUGACGGCUAAGACCAUCGAGAAGGAUAACGAUCGGAUCUUUCAGUGUGGAGUUUCAGUGGCUCCAGUCACUUCAUGGCUGUACUAUGAUACGAUUUAUACCGAGCGCUACAUGGGCCUUCCUACUGACGAUGACAACCUACAGAAAUACAACGAAAGCAGUGUGUUCCGGAAUCUGGAAAACUUCAGGACCCAUGAUUUCCUGUUGAUUCACGGGUCCGGAGACGACAAUGUCCACUACCAGCACUCAUUGUUGCUGGCCAAAUUGCUGCAAAGACAUGAUAUUCAGUUCCAAGAGCAGACCUAUACCGACGAAAACCAUGGAAUCGGCAAUGCCCUGCCUCACUUGUACCAUACCAUUGAUGCCUUCUGGACCAACUGCCUUAACCUAGAUGUCUACGAAGACUCGGAAUAGUGAGAAUAGCUGUUAGCGAUCUAGUCAAUCACAAGUAUUUGAAUAAAAUGACUUUGUAUUUUUGUAUCCAAUUCUGUUAAAACUUUUGUUAAAUGUUUAAAGUAUAAUGAUGAGAUAAACAACAAA